GAAAACACUUAUUACUUGAUAGCGAGGAGCGCUUUGAGAAAUAGCAAAAGCUGAGAAUUGUUUAAAGACGAGGAUUUGCUGAAAUCUCAUCGGGGAAUGAGUGUUGGAAACAGAACUGAAGAAGAACGUGUUCUCUCGGAGAACAACUUAGCGGAAGUGUAUCAAUCCACGGUCGGUCGGUCGGUCGGUCGGUAUCCUGGUGUCUUGUGAAAGAUGCCAGAUCAAGCUAAGGAGUUGGGAAAAGACAAUUUAAAUGGCAGGAGUCUAGUGAAGGAAGGCAGUGAAUACAUCAGAUUGGUUAUACCAAAUGACCCUAGGCUACCUCAGCCUGAUUUGUUGCAACAGGAGACUGAAACAAGAAAUGGGAAAUUCAUCUGGUGGUUGAAGGCUUUCUUCUGGUCCGUCUUUAUUGUUAUAGUUCUUCUUGCUUUUGUGAGGUGGGGAGUGCCAUUUCUUUUUGAGAAGGUCCUCCUUCCAAUCAUGCAAUGGGAAUCAACUGCGUUUGGUCAUCCGGUUCUAGGCAUUGUACUUGUAGCAUCUUUGGCAUUAUUCCCUGUAUUGUUAAUUCCUUCCGGCCCUUCCAUGUGGUUGGCUGGCAUGAUCUUCGGCUAUGGUCUUGGUUUUGCCAUAAUCAUGGCCGGAACAACCGUGGGGAUGAUCCUACCAUAUUGGAUAGGAUUAAUUUUCAGAGACCGAAUCCAUCAAUGGUUAAAAAGGUGGCCGGAUAAAGCUGAAAUGAUCAGACUAGCUGCCGAAGGGAACUGGUCGCAUCAAUUCCAAGUGGUGGCGCUCUUUAGGAUUUCGCCUUUUCCUUACACGAUUUUCAACUACGCGAUAGUGGUGACGACAAUGAGAUUCUGGCCUUAUUUGUGUGGGUCUAUAGCUGGAAUGGUACCAGAGGCUUUCAUUUACAUCUACAGUGGCAGGCUAAUAAGGACACUGGCAGAUGUUCAAUACGGUAAGCAUAGGUUGACGCCAAUUGAGAUUACAUAUAAUGUUAUCUCGUUGAUUGUUGCGGUUGUUUCCACCGCUGCGUUUACAGUGUACGCUAAAAAGACUCUAAACGGCCUUAAGAAAGGAGGAGAGUCAUCAUGCUGUUUAGAGAAGGAGAGCAACUGUGAGUUAGAGAAGCUUUCUGUUGAAAGACGACCUAAGCAUCUCAGUUGCUCUCCAUCUUACAAGGGUAGAUGAAGAAGCUGAGUUAAACGAUAUUAUCUCACAUAGCUAGCUAGCUAGCUAACUGACUACGAUGAAUCCAACAAAGCAUAUGUAUUAUAUUAUAUAAUGAUGUCUUACUUACACCAAGGAAGAAAUAGAACAUGUAGUGUCUUUCACUUUGAGUUUGUUUGUUAACUGGAAGAAGAUUGUAGGAGCUGCAUGUUUGUUGUUGUACGUAGUUGAUCAUAAAACUUUUAUCUGGUUUAUUAUGAUUCUACUUUGUUUGUUUGAUGGAUUCAUUUAUGUUGUAAUUGACCAUAAACUUUUAUUUGGUU